GAGUGGGAAUUGGGGAGGUUUGAGGUGGGUAUGAGAGGAACUGAGUCGUCUGAGGUGUGUCUGGGACCCCUGUCCCCGCAGAGGGGUCCCACCCCUCUGAAUCCCCCCUAAUCCCCCCUAUCCCCACAGAGGGGUCCCGGUCCCCCCUAAAUCCCCACUGCCCCCACAGAGGGGUCCCAGUCCCCUCUAAAUCCCCACUGCCCCCACAGAGGGGUCCCAGCCCCCCCCCUAAAUCCCCACUGCCCCCACAGAGGGGUCCCAGCCCCCUAAACCCUCUCAGUCCCCCCAGAGGGUCCCGGCCAUGUCGGUGCAGGACCCCUGCCCCAACCACACCGUCUACAUCAGAACCUCAACGAGAAGAUCAAGAAGGAUGGCAGAUUUUGGACAUUUUGGGGUGGCGCAGUCUCCGCAUGCAGGGCCAGGCCUUUGUCAUCCUCAAGGAGAUGAGCAGUGCCAGCAACAGCCUGCACUCCAUGCAGGGCUUCCUCUUCUACAACAAACCCAUGGGACUUUAUCUCCAUCCACUGUGUACAAGGGUUCAGAUUGGGCAGGACCAGCUCGACUGAUGGACCCUCUGGUGUUAACCAUCCAGAGAGAUAAUGGCAAGCAGGAAAAGCUUCAAAAAGACAUUUCUGCAGAGGAGCAGCUCCUUUCACAGCCCAGCAGGGCUGAGGGCACUGUCUGCAGGCACUGAGGGGACAGGAGCCAGGCACAGACAGGCUGAAGACAACCAGGACUGGGAAGACAUUGAGCUGAGAUUUCACUUGGGGAAACAUCUUCACAGCCCUGGACAUGUCCACAAUGUCCCGAGUGAAGAAAUGUCCAACAGCAGCUCCAUCAGCCACUUCCUCCUGCUGCCAUUGGCAGACACGUGGCAGCUGCAGCUCCUGCACUUCUGCCUCUUCCUGGGCAUCUCCCUGGCUGCCCUCCUGGGCAACGGCCUCAUCAUCAGCGCCGUAGCCUGUGGCCACCACCUGCACACCCCCAUGUUCUUCUUCCUGCUCAACCUGGCCCUCACUGACCUGGGCUGCAUCUGCACCACUGUGCCCAAAGCAAUGCACAAUUCCCUCUGGGACACCAGGAACAUCUCCUAUGCAGGAUGUGUCAUCCAGCUGUUUUUCUUCAUUUGCUUCAUUUCAACAGAAUAUUUCCUCCUGACCAUCAUGUGCUACGACCGCUACGUGUCCAUCUGCAAACCCCUGCACUACAGGACCCUCCUGGACAGCAGAGCUUGUGCCCACAUGGCAGCAGCUGCCUGGGCCAGUGGCUUUCUCUAUGCUCUGCUGCACACAGCCAAUACAUUUUCCCUGCCCCUGUGCCAUGGCAAUAUCCUGGGCCAGUUCUUCUGUGAAAUCCCACAGAUCCUCAAGCUCUCCUGCUCACACUCCCACCUCAGGGAACUUGGACUCAUUGAGAUAAGUGCUUUUCUGUAUUUUGGCUGUUUUGUGUUCAUUGUUUUCUCCUAUGUGCAGAUCUUCAGGGCUCUGCUGAGGAUCCCCUCUGGGCAGGGACGGCACAAAGCCUUUUCCACCUGCCUCCCUCAUCUGGCUGUGGUCUCCCUGUUCCUCAGCACUGGGACAUGUACCUACCUGAAACCCUCCUCCAUGUCCUCCCCAUCCCUGGAUCUGGCCCUGUCAGUUCUGUACUCAGUGGUGCCUCCAGCCCUGAACCCCCUCAUCUACAGCCUGAGGAACCAGGAGCUCAAGGCUGCAGUGUGGACACUGAUGACUGGCUGCUUUCAGGAACAUUAAACGACUUUCCAAUUUCUGCAAAGUGCUUGUAAUAAAAGUCACCUUUGAUAGUUAUUGUUGGUUUUAUUGGUGGGUC